AUGACUUCAAUCAGAGACAUGGCUAAAAGUGCAAUCAUUUUAUUGGCAGUCUGCUUCUUUGCCAACUCCAAUGGGAAAGCUGUGAUGAAGAGGUCAGUGAGUGAAAUGCAAAUGAUGCAUGAUUUGGGGGAACACCUGCAUUCUGCACACAGGCAAAACUGGCUCCUUGAGCAAUUGCAGACCGUGCACCACAACCCCCAGGCUGCAGCAGGAGAAGUGAAUGCUAAGGCCCGCGAGGUUCGAAGCUGGAGGUUGCUCCCGGAUGACCUGCAGGCAAAGCUGCAAAAGAAAGCAGUGGAUUCUAACAAAAAUUAG